AUGGAGGAUGCUACUGAUUAUUCUCACUAUCCAGGAUGUGGUAAAACAGCAGCAGAAUCUUCAGAACAGGAAGCCACGUGCUUAGUAAGUUUUUUGAUGAACAGACCUAACACCAAUUUGGAUGUAAUUUGCUAUUUACAAGGAGCGCUGUGGUGCAGAGAGAAGAGAGAGUUUUUGCUCCGUUUCGUUGAUGAGCUAUCACGAGCCGAUGAUGUAUAUGUUUUGCCGGUGCUCGAGUUCCUUCUCUGCCAUCCACAACCACUAGACAAAGAAGCGACAAGCAGGGCGUUGGUUAUGAAUUUAAUUGCUAUCAGUCAGUUAUCCACAUCUAUUGAACGUUUCACUGCAAUGUUAUGA